AUGCACCUCUUGUACUGUGAAGACAUCCGCUGUACAUCCGUUCUCCCUCGUACCUUUCCACACCCACAUCCCUACACCCCAGCGCUCCACCAGGAGGGUCGGCCGCCCCAGCUGAGCAGCAGACGCGCAGGACUGGCACUCACCGCCCGCAGCCUGCGCACAGUGCCACCGCGCCUUCCCUCCGCCUGGACCAAACUACUUCCAAUUACUAAGGCGACUGGGCGAGACAACCACCGCGUUUCCUCCAAGACAGCGAGGGACUCCUUCAAGACAGCGAGGGACUCCUUCAAGACAACGAGGGACUCCUUCAAGACAACGAGGGACUCCUCCACAGCGAGGGACUCCUUCAAGACAACGAGGGACUCCUUCAAGACAGACAGAGGACUCCUUCAAGACAACGAGGACUCCUCCAAGACAGCGAGGGACUCCUUCAAGACAGCGAGGGACUCCUUCAAGACAGCGAGGGACUCCUUCAAGACAGCGAGGGACUCCUUCAAGACAGCGAGGGACUCCUUCAAGACAGCGAGGGACUCCUUCAAGACAGCGAGGGACUCCUUCAAGACAGCGAGGGACUUCCUUCAAGACAGCGAGGGACUCCUUCAAGACAACGAGGGACUCCUUCAAGACAGCGAGGGACUCCUUCAAGACAGCGAGGGACUCCUUCAAGACAACGAGGGACUCCUCAAGACUCAAGACAGCGAGGACUCCUUCAAGACAGCGAGGGACUCCUUCAAGACAGCGAGGGACUCCGACAGCGAGGACUCCUUCAAGACAGCGAGGGACUCCUUCAAGACAGCGAGGACUCCUUCAAGACAGCGAGGGACUCCUUCAAGACAGCGAGGGACUCCUUCAAGACAACGAGGGACUCCUUCAAGACAGCGAGGACUCCUUCAAGACAGCGAGGGACUCCUUCAAGACAGGGACUCCUUCAAGACAACGAGGACUCCUCCAAGACAGCGAGGGACUCCUUCAAGACAGCGAGGGACUCCUUCAAGACAGAGGGACUCCUUCAAGACAGAGGACUCCUUCAAGACAACGAGGGACUCCUUCAAGACAGCGAGGACUCCUUCAAGACAACGAGGGACUCCUUCAAGACAGCGAGGGACUCUUCAAGACUCCUUCAAGACAGCGAGGGACUCCUUCAAGACAGCGAGGGACUCCUUCAAGACAACGAGGACUCCUUCAAGACAGCGAGGGACUCCUUCAAGACAACGAGGGACUCCUUCAAGACAGCGAGGGACUCCUUCAAGACAGCGAGGGACUCCUUCAAGACAGCGAGGGACUCCUUCAAGACAGCGAGGGACUCCUUCAAGACAGCGAGGACUCCUUCAAGACAACGAGGGACCUCCUUCAAGACAGCGAGGGACUCCUUCAAGACAGACGAGGGACUCCUUCAAGAACAGCGAGGGACUCCUUCAAGACAACGAGGGACUCCUUCAAGACAGCGAGGACUCCUUCAAGACAAGAGCGAGGACUCCCUUCAAGACAGCGAGGGACUCCUUCAAGACAGCGAGGGACUCCUUUCAAGACACUGCUCCUUCAAGACAAGCGAGGGACUCCUUCAAGACAGCGAGGCGACUCCUUUCAAGACAGCGAGGGGACACCUUCAAGAACAGCGAGCGACUCCUUCAAGACAGCGAGACUCCUUACAAGACAGCGAGGGACGUCGCGUGCGCGAAGACGGAUCGAGAGCAUCGUCGGAUUCGGAAGACAGCAUAG